AUGGCAUUCAAACUCUUAGCUUUCGCCGCCAUUGUAACAGUAGCCCGAGCUGGUAUCCUUGGAGAAGCCUACACGGCACCGUUGGCUUACGCACAACCAGCAUUAGCUAAAGUAGCUUACUCUUCGGCUUACGCACAACCAGCAGUAGCUAAGGUAGCUUACUCUUCAGCCCCAGCUGUAUCUUACUCCAGUGUAUCAUCUCCAGUAGCUUAUGCUACACCAGCUGUUACUAAAUAUUCUAGACCCAUCUCAUACGCCCCUCCAACUAAAGUAGCUUACUCCUCAGCCCCAGCUGUCUCUUAUGCCAGCGUAUCAUCUCCUGUAGCUUACGCUACACCAGCCGUAGCUAAAUAUGCUGCUCCAAUUUCUUACGCAGCUCCAGCUUAUAAAGUAGCCGCUCCAGUAUCCUACGCAGCUCCAGUAUCCUACGCAGCUCCAGUAUCCUACGCAGCUCCAGUAGCCAAAGCUGUUUAUGCCGAACCUUCAGCACCAGCUAACUACGAUUUCGGAUACUCCGUAAGCGAUCCCCACACCGGAGAUAGUAAAAGCCAACAAGAAUCUCGUCAUGGUGAUGUCGUUCAAGGCAGCUACUCCCUUAUCGAAGCUGAUGGUAGCAAACGUACCGUUGAAUACACUGCUGACCCCCACAAUGGAUUCAACGCUGUAGUUCACAAAGAUCCUGGUGUAGCUGCUGCUCCAGUUGUUGCAAAAGUAGCUGCUCCAAUCGCUUACGCUCAACCAGCCUACAAAGUAGCCAGCCCUCUAUCUUACGCUGCUCCAUUGGCCCACGGAGGAUACUACCACUAA